AUGCCACUUCUGGGCAAACAACCAUAUGAGCUCAACAAAACCAAACCAAAGGUAGGAGGUGAAUACUUUGUUGUAAGAUUCACCAAUGAACACUUUAAAACCUAUUCUGAAUACAUUGAAGCACUAGAAAGGUAUAGACAAAGAAUAUGGUCAUGUUCAUUGACAGGUAAAGCUAACCUCACCUAUGAAGAGGCGUUACUAUCUGAAAAGACUGCACUAGACAAGGGUUCAAAGUUUUCCGAUUUACUAUUACCACAUUGUCUCCGUUUGAUUCAAUAUCAGGAAAUGAAUGUUGAUGACCUAAGGGAUAUAAUAUCUGAAUACUUUUCAAACAAUUACUUUGCUGGUGAACAUGUUACUUUUAAGAUAUCAGAGACUAAAAAGUUUACAGGAAAAGUAUUAUGUCGUAUAAAAGAUCCAAUGAUCACGACAGCAACUGAUUCAAAUGGAAAAACACCAUCAUCAUCUUCUUCAUCAACAUCAUCAAAAGACAAAACAUCAAAGAAAUCAAAAUUAAAUAGUAAAAACCUUAGCGAAUCGGAAUCUAGCGAUAGUGAUGACUCUUCCUCUUCAAGAUCUUCUUCUUCAUCAUCAACUUCAACCUCUAGUAGCAGUAGUGGUUCGUCCAACAACAACAAGAAAAAAGAAAUCAAAGUUUACAAGAUCUUGAUUGAUGAAAAGACAGGCAAGACAUAUGAUGUACCAAUCAGUGAUAUUAUUAGAAGAGUUCCACCAAUCAACAAACAAAUGAUCAAGGAUACUAUAAAGUUGGUAGCAAAGAGAGCCAAAAAGGGAUACUGGUUGGUCGAAGAAUCACUCAUUCAGAAAUAUGGAGUUAGUGUCCCAAUUCCUCACCAUCUGCGUGGUGACAGUGAACUCAAGCGCAAGGCCGAGGAAAUGGAAAACAAAAAAGACGACCAAGAAGAGGAACAAGAAGAAGUUAGAAAAAGAAAAAAAUCUGUCUAUCCAAUGGAGGAUUUGGAAAUAGAAAGAGGAGUAGACACUGAUGGUGCUGUUGUUACUCGUCCCAUAGCAUCUAAUAAUUUUGUUUGCUCACAAAAUGUAUUUGGAGACCUACUAAUGGUGUGGUUUUUCCUCAAUCGCUUCGAAUACGUCAUUCAUCUUUCGCCAUUUUCACUGGAGGACUUUGAAUCUGCCCUUUCACAUCCAUCCGACACUACUUUACUUUCAGAGACUCAUAUGCGCCUUCUUAGAAUGAUCUUUUCUCUGCCCAUCUACAACCAAGGAACUCCAAAAAAGACAUUCUCUGCCAAAAUGCUUACAGAAAGAAACUGGCUCCCAACUCUCAAGGCUUAUUUCCAAUAUGAAACAAGAAGAUUGGACAUUGAAGAAAAGAGAAAACAAGAAAAGAAAAAACAAAUCGAAAUUCAAAAUAAUCAAAUGAUAGAUUUAGCAAACGAUUUACAAGAUGACGAAAUGAAAGAUGAAAAAGAUGAAGAAAAAGAUGAUGAAAAAGAUGGAAAAGGAUCACAACAGGAUGAAGAUGAAGAUAUUUCAAUGGAAGAUUCUUCAGAUGAAGAAUCAGAGUCUGAAGAUGACUCUUCAGAAGAAGAUUUGCAAAUAGUAUCAACAGAUCCAAAAUUAAUUAGCAAAUCACUCAAGAAAAACAAUUACUAUCGAUUGGAUAUUGAAGAAAAAAUAUUUAUUUUAUCUUAUCUGUGCCAACAAUCGAUUGCAUCUGACAAGAUUAGAAAACACAUUGAUGAAAAUGAAGAAACAUCUAAUGAAAUACGACAAGAAAAAAGAGAGUUGGUAGCCGAGGAAAGAAAGAUCAAAAGAGAAGGAGAAGAGGAAAAAGAAAAGGAAAAAGAAAAAGAAAAAAAAAAGAAAGCAUCAUCUCCACCCCUCCCUUUAAAUACCGAACAACUUGACAAGAUACAAAAAAAGGAAGAGAAUUUGGAGGUCAAAUUGGAUCAGUACUCUUCAAGAUAUGAAGCUCUUGGAAAAGAUCGUGACUACAACAAAUAUUGGUAUUGGUCUCAACUCCCAGGAAGACUGUUUAUCGAAACAACCAAUGGAGAUUGGUCCUUUUACACAUCGAGACAGGAAUUGGAGGAUUUAAUGCAAUACCUCGAUCAUCGUGGUGUAAGAGAAAGAAAACUCAUCAAUGUUAUCAAGGCAAAAUAUGAUAACAUUGCAAAUUCAAUGGAUUCAAGAACUCUACAAAUCACCAACCAAUUAAACUAUGAACAAAAGAGAUCGGCUAGAAUCAAAAUGAUCUAUGGUGAGAAAACUUUUAUGACUUGGGAAAAUGAUUAUGAAUAA